AUGAUGAAAGCUGCAUACAUCACCAGUCGUCCCGACAUUGGAAAACUUACUGAACACCUUCAAUUGGACGAAACUACCAUUCCCACUCUUACUGCUAGCGAAUUGAAACCCAAUCAAGUGCUGAUCCAUGUCAAGGCAUUUUCCAUAAACAUUGACGAUGUAAACGUAGCUCAAGGGAGUAUGCUAGGUGGCAUUGGUAUCGCCCAGGCUCCAUACCCAACGAAAUCUAAUCCACAUGUUCCCGGAAGCGCUUACUCGGGUACCAUUCAGGCCGUUGGGUCCAAAGUGACGGACUUUUUAAAAGGAGACCGAGUUUUUGGAUUCAAUGCACAGCCAUUUCUUCACGAAAUGGGACCAUGGGCGGAGAGGACAAUCGGCAAUCCCAAAAACUUGCUCAAACUGCCAAACAAUUUUACCUUUGUACAAGGGGCUGCCUUGGUCAUGCCGCUGGUGGUAGCUGGUGACAUGUAUGACCUUGCGGUUCCUUCUGUGGCGAUGGGCACCGAACGAGUCAUGGUUCUUGGUGCCAGUGGAGGCAUUGGGUCGGUCUUGGUACAAGCACUUCGAAAGAAAUUCCCCAAACUUCAUAUCGUCGGCGUGUGUUCGUCCAAAAGCAAUGAUUUUGUAAUGAAGCUAGGCGCCAAUUCCACAAUCGACUAUAACAAAGGACCAAUCCAUGUGACUGUGCUGGGAUCUUCGGCGAACGAUAAUUCCAACUUUGAUGUUAUACUCGAUUGCGUGGGUGGAUAUGACUAUUAUCAAAGUGCAGAAAAGAUACUGGCUCCACGUACUGGCACAUUUAUUACCUGUACAGGCACAGAACAAUGGAUUGGUGAUCGCAUGUUUACAAGACUAGAGGCAUUCCAGUAUCUCUGGCAAACCUUUAUGGUACCACUCAUUUACAACAGAUUACCAGGGAAGCACCCAUACUACUACUUUGCGGGACCAAUGACAUUUGGUGAAGGAUCCAGGAUGAUCAUGGAACAAAAGACAAUUCCAGGUAUUGAAAAAGUUAUCCCGUUCGAAGAAGAUGCACUGAAAUCUGCAAUCAAUCUGGUGGCAGCGCAUCGGGCGAAAGGGAAGAUCGUAGUAAAUCUGGAAGCUUAG